AGGAUUUCCUUCCAGCCUUUCCCCACUAAGGUUCUUGGGAAUUAAAAAAAAAAAUCUAAACACACAAACCAAGUUUUCCUAUUUACAGUAUUCAGGGAAGGUAGACAUUUCGUGAAGGGCAGAUCCUUUCCCCAAGUUCCAAGAAGGAAGAGAAAACAGCGUAAAGAAGCUCUGAUUACAGAUCUUUGGAAUUUUCUUUGCUAAAUUUUACAAACGAGAAAUACACCCAGAAUUUUGGGAAUUGCUCCAGGCUGCGCGUGAGGGUUUGAUUGCUUGUCUAAUCUUUUUUUGAGAAGAGGAGAAUUCGCCAAAAGGGGUUUGGAUGGCAGGAGCCGGGCUGGGUUUCUGCAGCAGCUUGUGUUCUCAGUCUCUUCUCUGAGGGAGGGUCUCAGCAGCCGAGCUUGGAGACCCCCUGCCGCAGGCUCCUUUUGCAGGCGCUAGCUGGAGGGGAAAAUGCCCCGCUCUGGCAGGAGUGUGCUGGUUGCUGCUAGGACUUCCUAGCCCGGUGGGAAGUGUGUUCGUGGUUUGGGGAUACUUUUCAUUGAACUGAAGGCGAAAAGACUGGACUCUUCUGGGCUUUUUCCCUUCGCAGUGAAUAUGGGAAACAAUUAGGAGGUGGGAGGGAGGCAGCAUGACUUGCAGUCGCCGCUGCCCUGCAUCUGCCCCCAGCCCCAAGCCAGCAUCUUGAUGUUCCACGUAUCGGCUGUACAAAUAUGAUGAAAUGGCAGCCCCGGAAGAAGGCAUACUUCCGACAGGGUGUUGCCCUCCAGUACCUCGGACGUCAUGCCGAUGCCCUGGCAGCCUUUGCAUCUGGACUGGCUCAGGACCCCAAGAGUCUCCAGCUUCUGGUGGGGAUGGUAGAAGCUGCUAUGAAAUCUCCCAUGAGAGACUCCCUCGAGCCCACUUAUCAGCAGCUUCAGAAAAUGAAACUGGACAAGAGUCCCUUUGUGGUCGUGUCUGUGGUUGGGCAGGAACUCCUGACAGCUGGCCAUCAUGGGGCCUCUGUGGUUGUCUUAGAAGCUGCUCUGAAGAUUGGCACCUGCAGCCUCAAACUGAGAGGUUCCGUUUUCUCUGCCCUGAGCAGUGCUUACUGGUCUCUUGGAAACACAGAGAAGAGCACUGGAUACAUGCAGCAGGACUUGGAUGUAGCCAAGACCUUAGGUGACCAGACAGGAGAAUGCCGAGCUCAUGGGAAUCUGGGCUCUGCAUUCUUCUCCAAAGGGAACUACCGGGAGGCUCUCACUAACCACAGGCAUCAGCUGGUGCUCGCCAUGAAACUCAAGGAUCGAGAGGCAGCUUCAUCAGCCUUGAGCAGUCUGGGCCACGUGUACACAGCCAUUGGAGACUACCCCAAUGCACUGGCCAGUCACAAACAGUGUGUUCUUCUUGCCAAGCAAUCCAAAGAUGAGCUUUCUGAAGCCCGAGAACUUGGCAACAUGGGAGCUGUGUAUAUUGCUAUGGGUGACUUUGAGAAUGCUGUGCAGUGCCAUGAGCAGCAUCUGAAGAUAGCCAAGGACCUGGGGAACAAGCGAGAAGAGGCCCGGGCCUACAGCAACCUGGGCAGUGCUUAUCACUACAGGAGGAACUUUGACAAGGCCAUGUCUUACCACAACUACGUGCUGGAGCUGGCGCAGGAGUUGAUGGAGAAGGCCAUUGAGAUGCGGGCCUACGCUGGCCUGGGCCAUGCUGCCCGGUGCAUGCAGGACUUGGAGAGGGCUAAACAGUACCAUGAGCAGCAGCUGGGCAUUGCCGAGGAUCUCAAGGACCGGGCUGCAGAGGGGCGAGCGUCUUCCAAUCUGGGAAUCAUACACCAGAUGAAAGGCGAUUAUGAUACUGCACUGAAGCUGCAUAAGACCCACCUGUGCAUCGCCCAGGAGCUGAGUGAUUACGCUGCCCAGGGCCGUGCCUAUGGGAAUAUGGGCAAUGCCUACAAUGCUCUGGGCAUGUACGACCAGGCGGUCAAGUACCACCGGCAGGAGCUACAGAUCUCCAUGGAAGUGAAUGACCGCGCCUCGCAGGCAUCCACACAUGGGAACCUUGCUGUGGCCUACCAGGCCCUAGGUGCCCACGACCGAGCCCUGCAGCACUAUCAGAACCACCUGAACAUUGCCCGGGAGCUGCGUGACAUCCAGAGUGAGGCCCGGGCCCUCAGCAACCUGGGCAACUUCCACUGCUCUCGGGGAGAGUAUGUCCAGGCUGCCCCCUAUUAUGAACAGUACCUCCGGCUUGCUCCUGACCUUCAAGACAUGGAAGGAGAAGGGAAGGUCUGCCACAAUCUUGGCUAUGCCCAUUACUGCCUUGGAAAUUACCAGGAGGCGGUGAAAUACUAUGAGCAGGAUCUAGCACUGGCAAAAGACCUUCACGACAAAUUGAGCCAAGCAAAAGCUUACUGCAACUUGGGCCUAGCAUUCAAGGCUCUGCUGAAUUUCAACAAAGCUGAAGAGUGUCAAAAGUACCUACUGUCCCUAGCCCAGUCUCUCAAUAAUUCCCAGGCUAAAUUUCGAGCCCUAGGGAACCUGGGAGAUAUAUUCAUCUGUAAAAAAGAUAUAAAUGGUGCAAUAAAAUUCUAUGAGCAGCAGCUGGGCUUAGCUCACCAUGUGAAGGAUAGAAGACUGGAGGCCAGUGCAUAUGCAGCCCUGGGCACUGCAUACCGAAUGAUCCAGAAAUAUGACAAGGCCUUGGGUUAUCACACGCAGGAACUGGAGGUAUAUCAGGAGCUGAGUGACUUGCCAGGGGAGUGCAGAGCUCAUGGGCACCUGGCUGCUGUCUACAUGGCCCUUGGGAAAUACACAAUGGCAUUCAAGUGUUAUGAAGAGCAGCUGGAUCUAGGGCAGAAGCUGAAGGACCCAGGUCUAGAAGCCCAGGCCUAUGGCAACAUGGGCAUCACAAAGAUGAACAUGAACGUGGCGGAAGAAGCCAUCGGCUAUUUUGAGCAGCAGUUGGCCAUGCUGCAGCAGCUAAGUGGAAACGAGUCUGUGCUCGACAGGGGCCGGGCCUACGGCAACCUGGGGGAUUGCUACGAGGCCCUGGGUGACUAUGAGGAAGCUAUCAAGUACUAUGAACAAUAUUUAUCUGUUGCCCAGAGUCUCAAUCGCAUGCAAGACCAAGCUAAGGCUUACCGGGGUCUGGGAAAUGGACACAGGGCAAUGGGGAGCUUGCAGCAAGCCCUUGUGUGCUUUGAAAAGAGGCUCGUGGUCGCCCAUGAGCUUGGGGAGGCCUUUAAUAAAGCCCAGGCCUAUGGAGAGCUGGGAAGUCUGCACAGCCAAUUAGGGAAUUACGAACAAGCGAUUUCCUGCCUUGAACGCCAACUGAACAUUGCUAGAGAGAUGAAAGACCGAGCUCUGGAAAGCGAUGCAGCCUGUGGCCUAGGGGGCGUUUACCAGCAGAUGGGGGAAUAUGAUACAGCCCUGCAGUACCACCAGCUCGAUCUUCAGAUAGCAGAGGAAACUAACAACCCCACAUGCCAGGGCCGAGCCUACGGGAACCUGGGCCUGACGUAUGAAUCCCUGGGCACCUUUGAGAGGGCUGUGGUCUAUCAAGAACAGCACUUGAGCAUCGCUGCACAGAUGAAUGACUUGGUGGCCAAGACGGUGUCAUAUAGUAGCCUUGGAAGGACCCAUCAUGCUUUGCAGAACUAUUCCCAGGCAGUCAUGUACUUACAGGAAGGUUUAAGGUUAGCUGAGCAACUGGGCCGAAGAGAAGAUGAAGCCAAAAUUCGCCACGGUCUUGGCCUCUCCCUUUGGGCUAGUGGGAACCUGGAGGAGGCCCAACGUCAGCUUUAUAGGGCCUCAGCCUUGUUUGAAACGAUCCGACACGAGGCACAGCUGAGCACAGACUACAAACUGUCCCUCUUCGACCUGCAGACGUCGUCCUACCAGGCCUUGCAGCGGGUGCUCGUCAGCCUAGGCCAUCACGAUGAAGCCCUGGCUGUGGCAGAAAGAGGACGGACAAGGGCAUUUGCCGAUCUUCUGGUCGAACGACAAACAGGACAGCAGGCUUCUGACCCCUACUCCCCGGUUACUAUCGAUCAGAUCUUAGAGAUGGUUAAUGGCCAGAGGGGACUAGUGCUUUACUAUUCCCUGGCCGCAGGCUACCUGUACAGCUGGUUGCUUGCUCCCGGGGCAGGAAUUCUGAAGUUUCACGAACACUACCUGGGUGAUAACACAGUGGAAAACUCCAGUGACUUCCAGGCUGGUAGCAAUGCAACUCUUCCAACAGCUACCAGCUCAGCCCUGGAGCAGCACGUCACCAAUGUGCGGGAGGCCCUGGGGGUAGAGUCUUACUACUCGAGGGCCUGUGCCAGCAGUGAGACGGAGAGUGAAGCUGGAGACAUCAUGGACCAGCAGUUUGAAGAGAUGAACAACAAGCUCAACUCGGUUACUGACCCCACUGGCUUUCUGCGGAUGGUUCGCCGCAAUAACCUCUUUAACAGGAGCUGCCAGAGCAUGACGAGCUUGGUCAGCAACACCAUGUCGCCAAUCAAGGAUGGGACCUCCUCUCUUCCCAGGAGGCAGAGCUCGUUCGCCAGGCCCCCGCUCCGUGCUCUGUACGACCUGCUCAUAGCACCCAUGGAAGGGGGCCUGAUGCACUCCAGCGGCCCCGUCGGCCGGCACCGGCAGCUGAUCCUUGUUCUGGAGGGGGAGCUCUACCUCAUCCCUUUCGCCCUCCUGAAGGGAAGCUCCUCCAACGAGUACCUCUACGAGCGCUUCGCCCUCAUCGCCGUCCCCUCCCUCCGCUCCCUCAGCCCGCAGUCCAAGUCGCACCUGAGGAAGAACCCACCCGCAUACUCCAGCUCCACGUCCAUGGCAGCUGUCAUCGGCAACCCCAAGCUCCCGUCAGCAGUGAUGGACAGGUGGCUGUGGGGGCCGAUGCCAUCAGCCGAGGAGGAAGCCUACAUGGUGUCCGAGCUGCUGGGCUGCCAGCCCUUGGUGGGCAGUGUGGCCACCAAAGAGAGGGUCAUGAGUGCCCUGACCCAAGCUGAGUGCGUCCACUUUGCCACCCAUAUCUCUUGGAAACUGUCGGCCUUGGUGCUCACACCCAGCGUGGAUGGUAACCCUGCCAGUAGCAAGAGCUCCUUCGGCCACCCCUACACGAUCCCCGAGUCCCUGCGGGUGCAGGACGAUGCGAGUGAUGGGGAGAGCAUCUCCGACUGUCCGCCGCUGCAGGAGCUGCUGCUCACAGCGGCUGACGUCCUGGGCCUGCGCCUUCCCGUGAAGCUGGUGGUCCUUGGCUCCUCUCAGGAGUCCAACAGCAAAGUCACAGCCGACGGGGUCAUCGCGCUGACACGGGCCUUCCUGGCUGCCGGCGCACAGUGUGUCCUUGUGUCUCUGUGGCCUGUGCCCGUGGCUGCUUCCAAGAUGUUUCUCCACGCCUUCUACUCGUCCCUGCUGAACGGCCUGAAAGCCAGUGCUGCCCUGGGGGAGGCCAUGAAGGUGGUGCAGAGCAGCAAGGCCUUCUCGAACCCCGCCAACUGGGCAGGCUUCCUGCUCAUCGGGAGUGAUGUGAAGCUGAACAGCCCCUCGUCGCUCAUCGGCCAGGCCCUCACAGAGAUCCUACAGCACCCGGAGCGCGCACGGGAUGCCCUGCGAGUGCUGCUGCACCUGGUGGAGAAGUCCCUGCAGCGCAUCCAGAAUGGGCAGCGCAACGCCAUGUACACGUCCCAGCAGAGCGUGGAGAACAAAGUGGGCGGCAUCCCCGGCUGGCAGGCCCUCCUCACCGCCGUGGGCUUUCGGCUCGACCCCCCGGCCAGCGGCCUGCCUGCGGCCGUCUUCUUCCCAACCUCUGACCCGGGUGACCGGCUCCAGCAGUGCAGCAGCACCAUCCAGUCCCUCCUGGGUCUGCCCAACCCUGCCCUCCAAGCCCUCUGCAAGCUCAUCACUGCUUCCGAGACAGGCGAGCAGCUCAUCAGCCGGGCUGUUAAAAAUAUGGUUGGAAUGCUCCACCAGGUGCUGGUUCAGCUGCAGGCCGGCGAGAAGGAGCAGGACUUCGCGUCGGCUCCCAUUCAGGUCUCCAUCAGCGUCCAGCUGUGGCGGCUCCCGGGAUGUCACGAAUUCCUGGCGGCCCUAGGUUUUGAUCUCUGCGAGGUUGGUCAGGAGGAAGUAAUCCUGAAAACCGGGAAACAAGCCAAUCGCCGAACCAUGCACUUCGCGCUCCAGGCCCUGCUCGCGCUCUUCGAUUCUACCGAGCUGCCCAAGCGCCUCAGCCUUGACAGCUCUUCCUCCCUGGAGUCUCUGGCCUCGGCCCAGUCUGUCUCCAACGCCCUGCCCUUGGGCUACCAGCACCCUCCCUUCUCGCCCACCGGCGCAGACAGCAUCGCCUCGGAUGCCAUCUCCGUGUACAGUCUGAGCUCCAUCGCCUCCUCGAUGAGCUUCGUCUCCAAGCCCGAGGGUGGGUCAGAAGGUGGGGGCCCCCGAGGACGGCAGGACUAUGACCGGGCCAAGAAUGCUUACCCACAGCGAGCCACCCUGCCUCGAAGCCCGCUGUCCCCACAGACCCGCCCUGCAGGCAGCAAAGACGAAGAAGAAUAUGAAGGGUUUUCCAUCAUCAGCACUGAGCCUUUGGCGGCCUACCAAGAAAACAGAAAGACACGCUUCUCCCCAGAUCACAAACAGUCCCGAGUUGGCACAGCUGGAGGUGUGAAAGUUUCAGUCAGCUCCAAGGGGAGCAUAAGCACUCCAAAUUCUCCAGUUAAAAUGACUCUCAUCCCCAGCCCAAACUCACCCUUCCAAAAGGUUGGAAAACUAGCAAGUUCAGAUACAGGAGAAUCAGACCAGUCUAGCACAGAAACAGAUAGUACCGUGAAAUCCCAAGAAGAAAGCAACCCAAAGCUUGAUCCACAAGAGUUGGCCCAGAAAAUUCUAGAGGAGACACAAAGUCAUCUCAUCGCAGUGGAGCGUCUUCAGAGGGGUGGCAGUCAGACCAGCAAGAGUAGUAAUCCGGAAGAUGGCAUUUCCAUGCCAAAUAGCGCCGCUGUCUUCAGAGCGUCAGAAACAAGUGCGUUCAGCAGGCCUGCCCUCUCCCAUCAGAAGAGUCAGCCGUCGCCUGUUACCGUUAAACCAAAGCCCCCAGCCAGGAGCUCGUCCCUGCCCAAGGUGAGUUCCGGGUACAGCAGCCCCACCACCUCGGAGGCGUCCAUCAAGGACAGCCCAAGCCAGCACAGCGGCCGGCCGUCGCCCGGCUCCGACUCCCAGACUUCUCUGACCGAGCAGCCGCUCUUCAAACUGAAGUAUCCCAGCUCUCCUUACAGUGCGCACAUUUCCAAGUCACCGAGGAACAUGUCCCCAAGCUCAGGCCAUCAGUCUCCUGCCGGUAGUGCCCCCUCCCCGGCUCUCUCCUAUUCCUCAGCUGGCUCUGCUCGCUCAAGUCCAGCUGAUGCUCCCGACAUAGACAAACUGAAAAUGGCAGCCAUUGAUGAAAAGGUGCAGGCUGUCCAUAACCUGAAGAUGUUUUGGCAGAGCACACCCCAGCAUUCCACAGGACCGAUGAAAAUAUUCCGAGGGACCCCUGGAACGAUGACUUCCAAAAGGGAUGUCCUUAGUCUACUAAAUUUGUCACCUCGGCACAACAAGAAGGAGGAAGGAGUAGACAAGCUUGAACUGAAGGAGCUGUCUUUGCAGCAACAUGGAGAAACACCACACAAAGCCCCUCCCAACGGCCACUGGCGCACGGAGACCACCACGCUGAGCACGCUGCCACUGCCCGCAGGCCCUCCUGCCGCGGCUCCCACGCGCCCUUUGAGACUUCCUUCUGGAAACGGCUACAAGUUUCUGUCCCCAGGAAGAUUUUUUCCUUCCUCCAAAUGCUAAAGCAUCUGAAGACCCACUGACUCAGAGCGCAGCAGCCGCAGAGAGGGGCCCGGCACUCACGUGGCCGGCUCCGUCCGAGUGCGGUCACCCCACACAGCCACCAGCCCCCGGGGCGCUCUCCGGGCACGGGGCACCACCAUGCCCAGGCGCCACCACACACACGGCUGGUGGCUCCUCUGGGACUCGGGGCCAGAUUCACCAAAAGCCAGGACUUCUGUGGGGUUGGUACAGGAGGCUCAUAGAAUUUUCUACACACUUCACCAAAUGUUUACCUUUGAACUCCCUGCUUCUCAUCUUCAAUGCGAUUCUUCGACAGGAUUUUUGUACAAACGUGGUCAUGGUUUGAGGGCGGGGAGAGCAAAGGGAGCACAUAUUUUGCUAAGAGGUAUAUAUGCAGUACCUUUUAUACACAAAUACAAAUAGAGCUUUUUUAAGGCUUUCAGGUGCUGGUUGGGGUGGGAUAUAGAAAAUCUAAGUUGAAUUCUACAUGAAAGUGUUAUAUUAGCCAAAAACAGAAUAAUGGUUUUAAAAAUGCCAAUGAUUUGUAAUUGUAGCGAUUUUGGUCUCGUGAUAUUGUAAGGUCACACUAACAAUGCAAUAAUUCCCGUCUGAACAGCGCUUCCAUCCUGAACUCUGCUCGGCUCCAUCGAGCGGCACAAAUGUCCCUGGGGCCCCGCUGUCAACCAAACUUGAAUUUUCUUAAAAAGUUUAUGUAGCUUUUAUCCAGGCAUUUUAGAACUAUGCAAUUGUGAUUUAAAAUGCAACUUUGUGCUUUUAAAACAUUAUCAACCUUUUUUGUACGUGGAUAAACAACUUGGUUUUAUUAUCAAUAGUACUUUGCAUUUAUAGCUAUUAUUUUUAAAAGCUCAAAAAGUUUUUUAAAAUGUCAAAUUUUGAAUAAUCAUCAAUAAGUAUCAAGUUUGGGGGGAAGGUUGAAAUUAUUCAGUUUCCUUAUAAGCAAAAAAAAAAAAAAAAUCCCAUGCUAACUUAGGUUUGACGAGAAUCUAGCCUUCCAGCUCCUCUUCGCUUUAUCAGCUGCUUAAUUUUAUUCUCUUUUCCCAACUCCAGGCCUCUGAAACCUCUUCUGUCUAGUCUAAAUCUGUUGCCAGGUUCCCACAAUCCCCCCUCCCCGUGUCUGAGCGGCAUAUGGACCCUCGUCUUCCCUGUGCCCAGCGCUCCUUGCUCCUGUGGUCUGGAGGACCACCCCCCCACCCCCCACCCCACAGACCAGCGUCCACAGCCUGAGAAGCAGGGCGCUUUUACUGGGCUUUACAUCCAAAUUAUUGCUGAACAGGGAAAUAGAGAUCCCUGAGAGUGUUGUCAUCGGAAACAAAGGGGGGCUUCUUCUAUAGCUAUGACGGUGCACUGAAAUUCUAGCCAGCUGAGAUGAGACAGAAGAAUAGUCUGGGUAGCGGAUAGGGGUAACCAUUCACUUAUUUCGGUAAAGAAUGAAGUGCUGAAAAUCCUAUUAGUACUAAGUUUAGUUGGAGAACUUAAAUCAGCCUCUUUUUGAUAAUUCUAAAAUUAAAAUCCUACUGUCCUCACUCACGAAAGCAAACAAUAAGAAUGUCCAUUCUAACCCUGAUCCCAGCACUGGAAGAGAAAUACUUUAUAAAGAAGCAAGCAAUUAUGAGGUUGUCUUUAUGUCAGUAGGGAAAAAAUAAAUGGUAAUAAAAGUACCAGUGUAGCAAAGGAAAGCCGUUUAUAGCACUGUGCGUUUAAGUAGCAAAAUCAGGUCCUCAGCAACGAGAACCCAGCCUCAGUCAGUUUCUGGAUCCAUGUGCCGACAGCCAGGCUGCUCCUUCCUCAGCACAUCGCAGCCUCUUUCCUAAGUGCCAGGGAGGCCUGGAGGGAGGGCUGGGGGCCGGGCUCCCUCCACGGGGGUGACACUGUGCCCCGUCUGCCCAGCUCCAGUGCACACCCGCUGCCACCCGCUCCGCUUCCCGUGGUUGCCGAGCCAGCCAGCAGGACUCCCCUCACCCGGGUUUAGUCCCAAGUACAUUGUUCUUUUAGGUUUCAUGGUGAAAAGCCAAGUGGUCUAAGUGAUUUUUUCUGUCCUAGAUACAAGCUUCAAUAAAGGAAAGCAAAGAUGAUGAAACAGCAGGACCAGUCUAAAAAUCACUGUAGAGUUGCCGCUUUAUGUUUACUGUCAGUCUGGUGUUAAGUGAAUCUUUCAGGCUACACUGAAAAAAGUAUGCACUUAAAACUUAGGUGAGAUUGUAUAAUUCACAGAUUUCUUUGUACAGGUCAGGGGUUGGCAAACUACAAUCCCUACAGGCUGAACCUGGUCAGAGGCCUGGUGCUUCACAGCCAAGAGCUAGGAAUGGGUUCCACGUUUUUAAAUAGUUACAUAAAUACCUACAUAAUAUUCUUGAUUUUGCUCUUGGCCUACCAAGCCUAAAAUAUCUAAUGCCUAGCCCUUUAAGAAACAGUUUGCUGACUCCUGGUAUAGGUGCCAGAAAACAAUUAGAAUACGUUUUGUUUCUACAGUCUAGGGAAAGUGAGUGUCGGGCUGUGGAUAAAUUGAUUGGCGUGCGUGGGAACCCUGAGCCACGUGGAUGGAAGCGAAUGACUCCUGCCUGAUCCCGCGGCUCUUUGCCCCAUUUGGAAGGAAUCAAAGGAUGUGGGUAAAAUUUGCAAAGAGAUUUUUCCCUCGUCAUAGGCAGACAGCGUUGGCUAUGUUUUUCAGCUCAGGAAACUGGAAUGUCCUGCCCCUCCUCCGCUCCAUCAGACGCACGUACACUGAACACAGCAAUAAGAUCUCCCCGUCCUAGAAACCUGGGUCUGACCACAAAGCAAGGCAGCAGACUCGCUCUUGAUUCUCACCAGUGGACCACUCAGCUCCUUUGCUGACUUUAAGUCAAAAUAGCAAGACAGAAUUAGCUGCUAAAACUGUUCUGCUCUACAUUAGCGUGUAGGAAAAUGAAAAAGCUCUCACCUCCAUCCCCUUCGAAAAACUUCAUGGUCCACACUGAUCCUUGCUGGGCCUGAGCAGGAGACGCGUGCCGCCCACACUCCUUGUCCUGCUCGCGUCUGUCCCGGCGACCCUCCGCAGGGGAGCCUUGUAGCAAGUCCCCACUAUGGUGCCUGUCCCACCGCUUCCCGCCACAAGGAGAACUGUCACUUUGCUAGUUUCAGUUCAGGUUGGAAAAAAUACCACACGAGAAUCUGGUUUGCUUUUAGUAAGUAGGCAGAAAGUGAAAAUUGUAUAAUUUUCAUCACGUUUUAUUGUUUUAUCUAAAAUGAUUGUACAUGUGGUUUGUGAACUGGGCCCUUAUUUGUGCCAGAUCCUUCAACGACGUUCCAUGUAAGGACACACGCGGUCACUUCUCCCGUCCUCAGACGCCGUCCCACUUGGCACUCACGCCCCUUGUAUGCAGUGUUAGCCAUCUUUGGCCUAUGUGGACUUUUUUUGUAAAUUACACAGUUUCCAGAUGGCAUUAAACUUUUUAUAUUACGAAAUUUACCAUGUAAAAAGAACUUCAUAUUUUUAUUGAGACUGCUAAGGCACUUGGCCUUCCUUUGUGAUUUCAGUGUCUAUUAAAGCAUGAGCUCCCUCGGUUUUAA